AUGGAGAAAGAAAAAGGAGAGUGUCUGAACAAAUUAGUCGUAGUGCAGUACUCAGGCGGUGAAAUACGAGGAACAUGCAAGGCCGUCGAUGUUUACCUAAACGUAGCCAUAGAAACAGAGGACAGCAUUCACAUAAUAAAAGGAAGCCAAAUACAAAACAUCACAGAGGCCAUGUGA